AGUGAGGCCAGGUUGCAGAGUCCCUGCCCUCCUGGUUCAAACUCCAGCGAGCGUCGGCUGGCCCACACUGGAUAGACCUACUGGAGGCAAAUACAGCAUCACUACACACACUACUGUGUGUGUGUGUGUGUGUGUGUGUCUGUUUGUGUAUGUGUGUGUGUGUGCGUGUAUGCGUUGGGCUGAUCAACACCAACAUGGACAGCGAAUAUUCCAAGAGAGUGUACCAGGGCGUUCGAGUCAAGCACACAGUCAAAGACCUGCUGGCGGAGAAGCGAUCCCGACAGACCAACGGACCUCGAUACAGUGGGGAUUCAUCAAGUCCACCUUCUCUAGUCCACUUGUCAGGAUCUCAUAUUUUACCCAACUACUACGGGAUGAGACGUCCCUUGAUGUCAGACGCGGACUUGAGUCCAUCCGCCAAGCAGUUCUGCGAGCCGGCGUCUUUAGGAGGCUACCAGUCCUGGAGCUUGAUGGACAGCUACUACCCCGACACCUUCAACGAUCAGCGCACCUUCGCCACCUCUGGAGGAUCCUUCCUGCCUCCCUUGGCUGGAGAGUCCUCGCACUUCUACCUGAGAGACUCCUGGGAGCAGUCGGAUCCUGAGGCGCUUCCUCCAGCCGAGGCUGUGUGUCCACACAACAUCAGCGUUCCAGAAGUUCAGAGCUCACCUGUGGUCCCGGGGUCCUACAUGCUGCACCCCCUGGAGGACAAUCACUACCACCACCUCACCUACAUGGCGGACAGCCUGGGCUCCAAGAUGGCCACCGAGGAGGCCAACACUUCCUGGGACAAGCAAGAUGAAAACUCCUGGCCGUCCUAUCAACUCAGAAGAACUUACUGACACUUUCAAGGAGAUAGGAUCCUUCUGGGUUCAUCAGCUAGAAGAAGAAGAAGAACAUCCCUCUCACUCUCCUCCUCUGGGAACAUCCAAACAUUCAACAAGUCUUAUUGGCUGAUGAUACUGUGGAUGUUCUAAACAUGUUCCAUGUCAUACUGUAGAUGUUCCUAACAUGUUCCAUGUCAUACUGUGGAUGUUCUAAACAUGUUCCAUGUCAUACUGUAGAUGUUCCAAACAUGUUCCAUGUCAUACUGUGGAUGUUCUAAACAUGUUCCAUGUCAUACUGUAGAUGUUCUAAACAUGUUCCAUGUCAUACUGUAGAUGUUCCAAACAUGUUCCAUGUCAUACUGUGGAUGUUCUAAACAUGUUCCAUGUCAUACUGUAGAUGUUCCUAACAUGUUCCAUGUCAUACUGUGGAUGUUCUUAACAUGUUCCAUGUCAUACUGUUGAUGUUCUUAACAUGUUCCAUGUCAUACUGUAGAUGUUCUAAACAUGUUCCAUGUCAUACUGUAGAUGUUCUUAACAUGUUCCAUGUCAUACUGUAGAUGUUCUAAACAUGUUCCAUGUCAUACUGUAGAUGUUCUAAACAUGUUCCAUGUCAUACUGUAGAUGUUCUAAACAUGUUCCAUGUCAUACUGUAGAUGUUCCAAACAUGCUCCAUGUCAUACUGUGGAUGUUCUUAACAUGUUCCAUGUCAUACUGUUGAUGUUCUUAACAUGUUCCAUGUC